AAAGCGCGCACCCUGUUGGUUGGUCAUGGAAAGAACUGCUGUAAGUGUCUGACGUCACUGUUAGGUCAGAGGCAGGGUGUGUUUCUAGUGUAGCGAGGGUGGUCACCAGGCUAACCAGUCGUCUUUUCAACGUAAGCCCGGGCAAAUGUUGACCCUCCACUAAACUGAGAUAUGGAGUUUGACUUUUUAUUCAACGAUACAGCUAUCCAAUUUUCGGACUUCCGCGAGUUCACGUUUCUUCCUGGACACCAAAGGUUGUCUGAACGAGUGAAAAAGAGGCUGUAUUAUGGAUUGGAUCGCGAUGUGUCACUUGAAGUCCUCUCCUCCCCUGUGACAGAUAUCGCCGUUGAAAUCUUCCAGAAAUCUGCACCAAGCCCAAUAAGGAAACUCCACAAGAAAUAUGCCGUUCAUGUCUCCAGGGAGGCUUGUAUUUCACCGUGUGCCAUGAUGCUGGCACUGGUUUACAUUGAAAGACUCCGAAAUAGAAACCCUGAAUACCUACAAAAGAUCUCCUCAUCUGACCUCUUCCUGAUCUCCAUGAUGGUCGCCAGCAAGUACUUGUACGACGAAGGAGAGGAGGAGGAGGUCUUCAAUGAUGAGUGGGGAGCAGCUGGGAAACUGGAUGUUGAAACAGUCAAUAAGCUGGAAAUGAAUUUCCUGAACGCUAUUGAUUGGAGUCUCUUCGCAGGGUCAAAUGACUUCUUGGAUGCACUGAGCCGACUAGAGAGCAGUAUUGCUAAGCGUCAGGGGAUGACACGGGGCUGGUUUACCUACACUGACGUCUGUGUGCUGCUCGAGCAAUCGGCAUGGAAUCAAGCACUUGCAGCUAUCUACCAGCACUUUAUCAAGGUUUCCUGUAUGCUUGGAUUUUUGUAUCUGACUAGUGUGACUGGCCUCAUUGCCACAAGCACUGUGAUCCAGCAGCUCAGUCUCUGUCCAUGCGGCCAGACCCUGUUGACACCCCCAGACGACGUCACCCCAGCACUCCUUUACACCUCCGACCCGAAUCACGACGCCCCCACUCCACCCCAGUGGCUCCCCUGUUGUACUCUGUCUAACAAGAGUCUGAACCGUCACACCGUGCUCGGAGGGGGCCAACUACACAGAGCAGCUUUACUUCACGCCAGCCUACAGACAUCAAUAUUGUGUCUGUGGGGCGCCAUACAGCAAGAAACACCAUUGGAGUCACCUGAAACCUCGUGCACUGCCUCUGCCUUUCAUCCGGGCUGUCGUAGCAGCCUCCCACCAUCUGAUUGCAUGCUGAGAAACACCUCAACCAUAUUCACCCGUCAUGCAUCGUGGUUGGCCUCCAUCUUGUUUGGAGGUGCUGAAACAAGUCAAAUCUCUCACCUUGAAGUGUUUGCGUCUGUGAAGCUGGGACCUUGUCAUCCAAAGCUUAUGUUACCUGUAGACAAGAGGCAAGCCCUCCUCAUGACCGGCUAGCAUACUGCAGACACCACUGCUGAUCAUCACGUACUCUGGAAAAGAAACCAGCACUGCUUUUUAAUCACCACCUCAUGUUUGUAUUUUCCAGAUCUAAAACGCACGAGUGAUAGUACAUAAGCACAUCUCAGACAUGAGAUGCUUGUUACAGUCACUUUGUUUGACCGCAGCUAUCAUAACUUAUUUUGUAGUAUUUCUGUUAUGUUUUUUUUGUUUUUUUGCUACAAGUUAUUGGUUUGAAGGCUGGAAGUUUUGAUCAUUGUCUUCUGAGUGAUAGUCUCAGCUAGGAAGGGUUUAAGUAUGUUGAGUUUAAACGACGGUGCUUGGUGAGAAGAAGAAACGUAACAGCUUUACGAUCAUGUUGAUCGUACAGUUCUUUUUUUGGGGGGGGGGGGGGUCAAAGCAGGUCAUGCUCAUACAAUGCUGCAACUCUAAAUGGGAAAGAUGUUCAUGAUUCAGCAUUUCCUGCUGAAGCUAUGAACGUCUUACUACAACUGGGUAAUAUGGUAAUUCCCAUUUAGUAGUUUCUGAUUUUGUGGCAAUUAUGUGUGUGUUUUUGCACAUAAUGCCAGCUCAUUUAGCAAGCUAACUGACACUACCUGCAUUCUACUUUUGGUGAUGUGCUCUUUAAGUUGCACAUUUGCUUACAUUUCUGUUGCAACAACAGCACCUUUCAAUGCAGACAUGCUAGUUACUGCAAUAUCGAUCUGUUGGACAAUAUUGGUUUGACAUGCACAGUUUUGUAUCAUUGUGUUUCUGAUAAAGCCAAAAUGUUCCACAGGAAUUUGUAAUUGGACAUGCUAUUUUGACAAUUUGGUAUACUUGGAUGCACAAUGUCCUUAGUUUUGUACAUGCAUGUAAACUGCAAAUAUUGUAAAACAAGCAAACUAAAUUAAUAAAGAAUGACUUUCUUUCUUGAA